AUGAGCCCGCCCACGCGCUUUUUCCGCCGCUCAACCUGCGAAUCCGGCCAGUCUCUACCAAAUUACGACCUUCCCUUCCACGUCGGCGGCCUCUUCAUCAUCCUCUUCGUCUCUGGGAGCGCCUGUGCUUUCCCAAUCCUGGUCCAGAAAUUUCCCCGCCUGCGAAUUCCGCCUUCUUUCCUUUUCGGCACAAAGCAUUUUGGGACCGGUGUCUUGAUCGCAACUUCUUUUGUACAUUUACUGCCCACUGCCUUCUUGAGCCUGAGUGAUCCCUGUUUGAGUAGUUUUUGGACAAAUGAUUACCAGGCCAUGCCAGGAGCCAUCAUGUUGGCCAGUAUCUUCUUUGUCACCAUUGUGGAGAUGGUCUUUUCGCCAGCUCAGCAUGUUUGCGGGGGAAAUGAAGGCAUUGUUGCCGUCUCGCAGAACAGAAAAGCGCACCGUGCAGAAGAUGCGGAAAUCAAGCAGGAAAUACCGCCACCUCCUCCAGCCCCAAGAGGCGAGAUUCGAAGGACGUAUUCGGAUGCCAGUCUUAAUGUCCGCGAUCUAGGAAUGUUACGCGGCAGGAUGGGGAGCAUCAGCCGCACCUUGUCUCGUUAUCGCGAGGAUGGCCAGAGGCUUGACGCGAUUGAGUCUAUUGCGUCAGAGCACGAACAACCAGCUGAUGCCGAGAAACAGGAGGAUAACGAACAGGCUAUUGUGGAGGACCCUGAGAGCAUCCAACACAGACAUGUCCUCUCUCCAGAACAAUUGUAUAAGAAAGCUAUCAUGCAGGUCUUCUUACUAGAAAUGGGCAUCCUGUUUCAUAGUAUCUUCAUCGGCAUGUCUCUCGCCGUUGCAGUGGGAAACGACUUCACUGUUUUGCUCAUCGCCAUCAUCUUCCAUCGUACGUAUCACCCGCCCUUUUCACCCUGUCCCUGCAAAGCUGACGGUUGUGAAGAAACCUUCGAAGGUCUCGCCCUUGGUGUUCGCAUCGCCGAUAUCAAUUGGAAAUCCGGGUCAUUCCAACCCUGGCUCAUGGCACUCGCAUACGGCUGCACCACUCCUCUCGGUCAAGCCAUUGGCAUAGCCACCCACACGCUCUACUCUCCCGCCUCCGAAGUCGGCCUUCUCGUUGUCGGUAUCAUGAACGCCAUCUCCGCAGGCUUUCUCAUCUUCGCGUCCUUGGUGGAGCUCAUGAGCGAGGAUUUCUUGAGCGAUGAGAGUUGGAAGAUUUUGAGGGGGCGGAAAAGGGUCAUUGCCUGUUUGUUAGUCUUUGCAGGCGCUUUUCUGAUGAGCUUGGUUGGGGCUUGGGCGUGA